AUGCUAGUCGAAGACCACUACCUAGAAACAAUUGGUUCUCUGAAAUUAGCAAAGGAAGCAUGGGAGAAGCUCAAAAAGAUUAACUGCAACAACGCCCUACUCAACACUAUAUCCAAGAUGAGAGACUUAGUAAAUAUCAAGAAAGAUGACGAUAUGACUAUGUAUGAGUAUGUGAUGAAAAUACUUGCUGCCAACAGAGUAGAGCAAGGGGGUUUCAACUUUGAUGAUAAGACAGUUGCUGGUUUCAUGUUUCUCAGACUACCUUUGGAGAAGUAUGAAGGCCUCAUUAGAAGUCUAGAAAGAGAUGAAGACAGAUUAACUACAGAAACUGUCAUCAACAGAUUAGAAUUAGAAGAGAAGCAUCUGGAACCAGAUUUCAAGUCUACUAAGUGCCAAGAAGAAGCCAAAGCAUAUGCAGCAGUAGGCAGAACAGACCACAUCUCCAGGGAGUGUCCACAUUUCCAAGGAAAACAAGCAGGGGCUCCACCAAUCAAACAGAUUUAUACCAAGAAAUCAGCAUACAGGGCAAAUGGAUGCAAGCUCAACAGUUUUAAAAACGUUCCAAACAGUGAAGUUCCAUCAAGUGCAACUGAAAAAGAAGAUGAAGAAAUAGUGGCUAUGACAGUGACCAAAUGUGGAGAAGAUGCUGAUGAAAAGGUGUGGGUUUUGGAUUCAGGAGCAUCACAUCAUAUGACUAGUCACCAAGAGAUACUACAGGAUUUAGAGAUGGGUAUCUUUGGAGAAGUGAAACUGGCUGAUGGGAAAGUUACUGAAGUGACUGGUAAGCAGCAGCAGAAUCAUGUGGUGGUGAAUCCAUCUGAUCCAACAUCAGUAGAAGAAGCUUUAGCUUCAAUUCACAGAGACGAAUGGCAUAAAGCCAUGGAGUCAGAGGGAGAUUGA